AUGCAAGAAGCGGACCUCCUACCUGAUGUGGUCAUUUGUACAGCUGCCCUCACUGCCUGCGCCAGGGGCGAGGAGCCAGGAAAGGCGCUUCUCCUGCUGAGUGACAUGCCCAAGCUGGUCUUGAUACCCACAGCUGUCACCUACGGGGCAGCGGUCCAAGCCUGCGCUCGGGGCAGUCUCUGGAGGUCGGCCUUGGAAAUUUUGAAUGCAAGUCGUGAGACCGACUCCAAGAUGGUUAACUCCUUCGCCGUUACCGCCGCCAUCGCUGCCUGCGGUAAAGCUGGACACUGGCGUGUGGCCCUUUGCCUGCUGCAGGACUUAUUUGAAUCUCGAUGUACUUCGAUCAGCUUUGCCUACAAUGCCGCCAUCAGCGCCUGUGCAAACACUGGAGACUGGGCGCCUGCUCUAAGCUUGCUUAUGAGCAUGUCAGGCACACUCUUACUUCCUGAUGUUGUCAGCUACAGCGGCGCCAUGAGUGCCUGUGAGAAGUCUGGUACCUGGCAGGCUGCCGUAGCGCUGUAUGACUGCAUGAUGUCGAACGUAGUUAGGAUGGAUGUGGUAAGCUACGCUUCCUUAAUCAGUGCGUGCGAGAAGGGUGGUCAGUGGCGUUUUGCUCUCUGCUUUCUCCAGCACGCGCUGGCAUCGGAUAUUGCUCCCAACAUUGUUCUGUUUAAUGCCGCAACGAGUGCCUGCGAGAAAACGGGAGCAUGGCAACAGGCACUGCUGGUCCUGGGUGCUCUGCCACAGCAUGCCAUUCUGCCGGACACUAUCACGCUCAAUGCCAUCUUAAGCGCCAUGGAGAAGAGCCGGCAAUGGAGGAAGGCAUACGACUUAUGCUUUGAGACGGAGAUUUCUGCCGAUGUGAUCUCCUACAAUGCUUUGCUGAGCGCAAGUGCCGGUGCCUGCAGGUGGAGGCACGCAUUGAGCACACUGCACGAGAUGUUGGUAAUCAAGAUGACUCCAGAUCGGAUCACCUACAGCGCGGCAAUCAGUGCCUGUGCAAAGGGCCGGCAAUGGCAGAGCUCUCUCCAGCUCUUGCAGCAGCUUCGAGAUGCCGGCUGGAGACCAGAGGAAAUUGCAUACAAUGCUGCUAUGAGCUCCUGCGAAGAUACUUCGCAGUGGAGGGAGUCUUUGGAGCUGCUCGCCGAGAUGACUCGCGAUGGCCUGGUGCCCAACAUCCUCAACCUCUCCAUUGCAAUUGCUGCUUGUGGCAAGGCACGGGCAAAGCUCAGACUGCUUGCUUUUUACAGCUGA